UGUCUAACAUAUUUUCUUUCAUGCGAAACCUCAAAGUAUGGUGUACCAGGUCCAUUUGAGUACCGGGAAAACGCUUUGCAUGCAUUUUUCAUGAUGAAAAAUGGCUCUGGACAGCAUCUGGAAAUGGAAGAGUUAAAAAAAAAUUCAAACGCAAAUGCUUAUAAAUGCAGUUAGCUGCGUUUAGCCACGUUUACAAGCAUUUGGCAUUUGAAACGCUGAUAAAAUCUACUCCUGAACGCAAGUUUUCUGCGUUGAAAAAAAACGACUUUAAACCCAACUGCCUCUAAACGACGAUGUGUACAUGGACACACAGGAAAACAUUAG